ACGGGCCCGGCGGGCGCGCCUCCAUUGUAGGGGGCGGGUGUUGCUGAUCCCGGUAGUAGUGGCUGUGUGUGGGCUGGACGCUGCAUGGUGAGAUGACGAUCCACAACCUGUACAUAUUUGACCGGAAUGGCAUCUGCCUCCAUUACAGCGAGUGGAACCGCAGGAAGCAAGCUGGAAUCUCUAAGGAUGAGGAGUACAAGCUCAUGUACGGGAUGCUCUACUCCAUCCGGUCCUUCGUCAGUAAAAUGAGCCCUGUGGACAUGAAAGAUGGCUUCCUCUCUUUCCAAACCAGCAAGUACAAGCUCCAUUACUACGAGACGCCCAGCGGGCUGAAGAUGGUGAUGAACACGGAUCUGAGCGUGGGGAGCUCGCGGGAUGUCCUGCAUCAGAUCUACAGCACGAUUUAUGUAGAAUAUGUGGUUAAAAACGCCCUCUGCUCACUCAAUGAGCCCAUUCAAAGUGAACUUUUCAAAAGCAAACUGGACAGUUUUAUCCGCAGCCUUCCGUACUUCUCGGCUCGUGCUGGCUGAGCCUGGCCCCUUCCGAUGUGUCCUGUACCCCCCCUCCCAUUUCUUUCCUCUGCACUACUUCCAGAGACUGCUCCUAACUGGCGUUCUGCAGGCUUCUCAUGGCCACCGGGUAACACCGCCUCCGCCUGCACCCUACGCUGCCGGGUACCCAGACCUCAGAGGGAGCCUACUGGAAUAUUAUUUCUGCUCUGUACAUAGUGACCUAUAUGAAGUGUGGAACGGAAACCUUUGCUUCAUCUGCUCCGUGGAAUAAUCCUCUGUUCUGCACGCAGUCAUUUACAUAGUUACCACUGACUGCGGAUGGAAGGUCGUAGGCCUGCAAACCUGUCACUCACAGCAACUGUGUGUAUAUAGGUGUGUUUGCGUAGUUACAUGCUCCAUUAAAGCUACUUAAAGUAA